UAACAAUAUUCGAACAGAGGAACUACUCUACGAUAGAAGAAGGCGAGGCUAAUUCAGGUCUUAUUUUCAGUCUUCGUGAUUGGGACUUUUUGAAGUAUCGAACAAUGGGUACUGACACAAAGGAAGAUUCAGGCCCUCGAUUUGGAGUUCGCUACAAGCAAUGCCUUCUCCUGUUCAGUUGCCAGUUUGCGAUGUACACAGUAGUGCUGAAUGUUUCUUUGGCUAUUGUCGCCAUGACAGACAGUAGUAAAGCCAAUCCUGAUUUUGAGGAAUUCAAAUGGAAUGAGCAAACGAGAGCCACCAUCCUUAGCAGCUUCUUCUGGGGCUACAUAUGUUCUCAAAUACCAGCUGGCACGCUGAUAACAAAGUUUGGUUGCAAAAACAUAUUACUAAUUGGAUGUACCAUGAAUGCGCUGCUCACUCUACUCACUCCUGCUUGUGUAUUUUGGGGAGGCGCCAACGCGCUCUUGGCUAUUCGUAUUACUCAAGGGAUCUUCCAGGGACCUUUCUAUCCGGCAACACAUGGUCUUAUUGCGAACUGGGCACCAGUAAACGAGCGGUCGAGAUUUAGCGUUUUGGUUUAUCCAGGAGCACAACUUGGAACCGUUGUGGCGAUGUCAACUGGUGGACAAAUUGCUUCGUCUAGCUUGGGAUGGCCAGGGAUUUUCUACAUUUGGGGAGCAAUUGGUAUCAUCUGGUGCAUAACUUGGUGGAUUUUCGGUGCAAACAGUCCUAUGGAACAUAAAACUAUUUCAACUGAAGAGCGAGCUUACAUAUUACAAGCAAAAGAUGAGCACUCGAUAAAACUACCAACUCCUUGGAAGAAGAUGCUUCGAUCUCGACCGUUUUACGCGUUAUUGAUCGCUCAGACUUGCUCCACCUACAGCUUCUGGACAAUAAAUACAAUCACCCCAACCUACUUGAAAGGUGUUUUUGGGGUUGAUAUCCGAGAGAACGCAUUACUUUCAGCGGUACCCUCUAUUGGAGUCUUCAUUAUGAGCCACGUUUUCGCAGUGCUUGCCAAAUUUUGUACGAACCAGCUCAAGUUAUCGCUACGAUUUAUUCGGAUACUUUUCAACACAAUCGGCUUCGAAGUUCCGGCCACUGCUAUGAUUAUACUUGGUUUCGUCACCCAAGACCAUUCGAUUAUUGUCGCUAUAUCGCUCCUAACCGUUGCUUAUGGAGCUAACUCAGCGAUAUUCUUCGGUUACUAUGUAAAUCAUAUGGAACUUUGCCCAACGCACGCUAGCAUACUCAUGGCAGUUGCAAAUACCAUCGGGACCUCAAGUGGGAUUUUUUCAACUUUGGCCGUUGGAUGGUUAGUAACAGAUGAGAGAAAUCCGAAGCAAUGGCAGAUAAUUUUCGGUAUUGGAGCUGGACUUUUUACGUUUGCAACAUUUGUGUUCGCUUUCUUCGGUCGAUUUGAAAAUCAAAAUUGGGUCGAAACAACUGCACAACCAAAUUCUCCAGGAAAGGACAAAGGUGUUCCAAAUUUUGACAGCGAGGAAGCAAAUAAUUCUCAUUAAGUAUAGUAGGUCGUUGCUAGCAAAGUCAUUUUUCUAGAAAUAAGGUCAUCCUAAAUUAGUGGACACUGUUCUUG